AUGAGCUUCGUGGAGAUACCAACAGUCGCAAGUUCCCGAUCGAGUCCUUCGCCCUCGCAAUGGACGGCACCCCCUGCUGCUGCUUGGACGCGUGAGGAGAUCCACAUGAUCCAAGAGAUGUUCCUCGUGGAUGACAACGUGAUUCAGAUUCGAGACAUCUCGAUCAGUGAUGGUGCGCCGUCGGGUGUCGACGACCCGUUUGUUACCGCCAUGGAGCAAGAUGGGUACGCCACUAGUAUGCUCUUGUCCCCCAUUGAAGCAGACGACCCCUUCGUGCAGCCGCCCAUGGGGGACGAGAAGGAUGACAUGACAGCAUUCUUCGUGGAAGCUAUCGACUCAUUCAAGACUGUGUCUAUGGCGCCCGGGUUCAUGGAUGACCAGGACAAGGGUGUUGUCUCUAGGGUGCCCCGUUCAAGCGAAGGCCAGUCGCUCAAUUACGCGCUGGCCAAACUGCGUGCCAAAGUGGAGACGCUUGACCAUAUCUACUACGCGCGGUGCAUGAAGGUAUCGAGUGUCGAUCGCUCCUGUCUGCACAAGAUGAAGCUGUUGCUUGCGAUCAAGCGACUCGAGCGCGUCAUUCACGGACUCUCGCAAGAGAACGACAACCUGUUGAUCGGCACGAGAAGUUACGCCCAGCGCUGUGACUUGCUCUUGCAGAAGAGCAGCAGCAGUAGCAUCGAACUCGAGCAGCUGUGUCAGUCGAUCGGGGAGUCCACCUGCGCUGUUGCAGUGAGUGAAGGCAUGACCACGGCGCUCCAUUGCUCAAUGGACGGGCAAGUGCUCCGAGAUGAACUCGACAAGAAUGGGUGGCGGUACAAGAGCCUCGUGUCUCCAGACGGGUUGUUUACUUUCAGCUUGUCAAAGGAGUAUCCAAAGGGCGUGGACAUGCGGGAGGUGAUGGAAAAGUCAUGGGCCGAUGCUUCCAACUCCGAAAGCUUAUCAAGUAUCUACUACGGCUCGAUCCGUGCGCGUCAGGUCAAGCAAAUAGGUAAAAAGGCUGUUGUGAUCUACGACAUUGUCAACUAUGACGCAACGCGUGUCGACCGCGUCGUUGCGGUGCUGUUCCGAGCCGAGAUGUCGAACGGCCUUGUCAUUGGUGUGCGCUCAAUUGCCUCACCUCCUUCUGCUGCAUCUGACGAUGUCCGUCCGAUGGACUGUACAUUGUGGCAGCGGUACGAGAGAAAGAAAGAUGGCGGGUUUAUCGUCACGUCCGGUGGUCGAUUGUCCUACCCGUCACGAGCGGAUAUCGAGUUCAUGGCUGUAGAGAUCAUGUGUGUGCAUCUGCGGUGGGAGAAUAGUGUUACGGGUGGUCUGAUGCUGCUCAUGUAA